AUGCAUUUGUCCAAGGAGAAUGACCCCAGUAAGGAGCUCUAUCCCCAGGCAGACACGGUGGGAUUCCUGCAAGGAGAGAAAGUGUUGAUAGUGGGGAACAAUGGGACAUAUGAGAAAGUGUUUGGAUCAAACACCACCAUCAGAACUUCUGAUAAACCACUGAAAGACAUUAGCUGGACAUUUAAUGGAAAACCUGUUAUUACAUCUGACGCUGAUGGCAUCCUUAUAAACCCUGUUUACCGUGACAGAGUCAGACUGGACCCACACACUGGUUCAUUAGAGUUACUGAAUGUGACUGUGAGUGACAGUGGAGAAUACACAGUGACCAUAACCAAAACUGUUAAUGAUUCAGAGCUGACAGACAAAACUACACUAGAGUUGAUUGAGAUAAUAUCUGGAGUUUCCCUCACUGGUCCAGCACAACCCCUAAUAGAAGAUCAAAGUUCUGCUGUUUUAACCUGUGAGGGAACUGGCUCCAUCAUCACCACAGAAUGGAUGAAGGAUGGUCAACCUCUGUCUCCUAGAAACAACAUCAUCUUCUCUGCUGAUCUGAGAUCAGUGUCCAUCAGUCCAGUGAGGAGAUCAGACAGUGGAGAAUACCAGUGUAGACUCAGUAACCCUGUCAGCUCUGACACUGCAACCUACACAAUGACUGUCAACUAUGGACCAGAGAACGUUUCCAUCAGUGGACAGAAUGAGGUGGAGGUGGGGUCAAAGGUGACUCUGACGUGCUCUGCUGAAUCCACACCUCAUGCCUCCUUCAUCUGGAUGUUGAAUGGAAGAGAAACAGGAGAAACUACAGCCUCAUAUUCCAUAGAGAAGAUUGACUCCACACACAGUGGGAAUUACAGCUGCACAGCCUGGAACAGCAUCACCUCACUCACAAUACAUUUCCAGGAGGCCAAUAGGAAGCAGGUGGAGCUUGGAAUCUUGGGAGGAGACACCUCAGUGUACUCAGAGGUCAAACUCAACUCUGCAGCCAAUCAGAGAGCUCUACAGCUCAUCUUAGGUGAUGCAUCAAAUUUUAUGACAAGAAUUAACAUAGACAUUGAUGACAGUGAGAAGAACUGA